UAAGAAUACUCAAUCAUUUGAUGAUAAUGUUUAAAAUGAAAUGAAAAUGUUUUUAUGCACAGAUCUGGAAGUCCUUGCUGUGGAUGUGAAGAUAUUUUUAUUCACAACUGAAUGCUGAGAGUUCAAACUGGAUUAUUACUUUACUGAACUGAAAGUGAAACUGAAGAAGGAUUGUGACAUUUCACUCAGAGAGAAUGGCGUCUAAAAGUUUUUCUGAGGAGGAUUUCUCUUGUCCUGUGUGCUGUGAGAUUUAUAAAGAUCCUGUUGUGUUGUCCUGUAGUCACAGUGUCUGUAAAGACUGUAUUCACAGAUUCUGGGAAAGUAAAGGAGCUCAAGAAUGUCCUGUUUGUAGAAGAAAAUCUUCAAAAGAUUUUCCACCAAUAAAUCUGGCUUUGAAGAAUCUGUGUGAGACUUUCUUACAGGAGAGAAGUGAGAGAUCUUCAUCAGUCUGUCAUCUUCACAAUGAGAAACUCAAACUCUUCUGUCUGGAUGAUCAACAGCCCGUGUGUGUCGUGUGUCGAGACUCCAGAACACACAACAACCAUAAAUUCUGUCCUGUUGAUGAAGCUGUCAUCGAGAAUAAGGAGAAACUCAGAAGUGCAUUAAAACGCUUAAAGGAGAAACUGAGAAUAUUGGAGGAGUUUAAACAGAAUUUGGAUCAAACAGCAGGACAUAUAAAGAUUCAGAGUCGCCGCACAGAGACGCAGAUUCAUGAAGAGUUUGAGGAACUUCACCAGCUUCUACAUGAUGAAGAAUCAGCCAGAAUAAGAGCACUGAGAGAGGAAGAGGAGCAGAAGAGUCAGAUGAUGAAGGAGAAGAUUGAGAAGAUCAACAGAGACAUUUCAUCUCUUCCACACACGAUCAGAGGUGUAGAGGAGCAGAUGACAGCUGAAGAUGUUUCAUUCCUACAGAACUUGAAGAGCACACUGAAGAGAGUUCAGUGUGGAGCGUCAGAUCCAGAGAACAUCUCAGGAAUGAUGAUCAAUGUAGCAAAACAUCUCAGCAACCUGAAGUUUACUGUCAUAAACAAGAUGAAGGACAAUGUUCAAUACACUCCAGUGACUUUAGAUCCAAACACAUCUCACUGUAAUCUCCUCGUGUCUGAUGAUCUGAUCAGUGUGAGACUCAGUGAAGAUGCAGCAGAUCUGAUUCCUGACAAUCCAGAGAGAUUUGAUGAGUCUACGUGUGUUUUGGGUGCAGAGAGUUUUAGUUCAGGGAUUCACUGCUGGGAUGUUCAGGUUGGAGAUAACACAUGCUGGUGUCUGGGUGUGAUGACAGAAUCUGCUCAGAGGAAGAAGAGUGUAUUCUCCAGGAUUGGAGUCUGGACUGUGAGGUAUUACUCUGGUGAAUAUGCUGCAGUCAUUACACCACAGAAAACAGGUCUUGGACUCUCAGUGAAAGAGAAAGUUGAGAGAAUCAGAGUUGAGCUGGAUUGUGACGGAGGAAAACUGUCAUUCUCUGAUCCUCUCACUAACACACACAUACACACUUUCACACACAAGUUUACUGAAGGACUUUAUCCAUUGUUUGCUGUUAACUCUAACAUUUCUCCUCUGAUGAUCUUACCUGUAAAAGUGUGUGGGGGGGGGGUUAGAUUGUUAGUGUAACAGAUUCAUUGUUAUUAUUUAGGUUUACAUUUACAUUUAUGCAUUUGGCGGAAGCGAAUUAAAUUGCAUUAUCCUAUACAUUUUUUUUAAGUACAUGAAAACCCUGUGAUCAAACCCACAACCUUGCAUUAUUAACGCAAUGCUCUUACCACUGAUCUACAGGAAAGCUGUUUAGGUUUAGUUUUCUUUAUGCAGUUUUUAAAACUCUUGAUUUUGGUUUAAAGAUGUUCUUGACUUUAUAAAAUUAGGCCUUAUCAUUCACCCAUCUGUACACUACAGUAUAACCAUACACAUGAAGACACAGAAAGGUGUGACAUAAGUGCUUGUUCAAUAUGAUAAGUUAUUUAAGUUAUUUUCUCUUUGUUGCCACAUUUUUGUAGCACAACUUUAAACCCAUGAUAUAUUUUGCAGACAUAAAUAAAACGUAAUCUUUACAAUUCA